AUUUACCCACGCUGGUCUCACAUCUGUCGAGUUCUGUUCUGUCCAUUUGCGAUUUCUCUCGAGUUAUUCCCCAUCGAUAAAUCCACAUUUGCCAUGGCUACCUCUAGGUACAAUGGCAGGCAGGACAGGACCGGUUGAAGCCUGCCUCCGCUCAUCAAAACAUGGGGAGUAAAGCGGGAGCAAAGUCAGAAGGGCAUCUGGAAUGACGACAUGACCACAUAGUGUAGAUCCCAUCUUGUUCCUGCCAGGCAACGAAUGGGGAGAUCUCUGGACGCGUACGCUCGGGACGGAUGCAAUGCAGAUCAUGGUGUGUGCUGUUUAACUCGUUCCCCGCACCGUCACCACCAGGCACAACAGGCAGCUUCCCAGCAUCCUUUGCAGUCCGAGUCCAGGAAACACAACGCAACACAUUUGACCGACCGUCUUGAAGGCACCACCCAGCAACCAUCUGCACUUCCGCCACAUCGGGUCGGACUUCAUCUCGGGUGACACACAGGAUCUGGAUGACGUCGCCGUUACGGAUGUCUACCAGCUGACUUGUCUGCAUCUCCGCAUUGUCCUCCUUCCCAUGCAGCAACAGCAGUGCCAUCAUGCUGCCCACGCGAAGGAAUAAAGUGUGUGCCCUCUGCUGUUGAGCAAUCCGGGCGAUUCUCUCGCUGUUCUCCCUUUCAUCAACAUAUCACCAACCGGCUUCUUGGGUAGUUGAACUGGGUACUUUCAAAGCAACAUGAUCCAUCCAGAGCAAGUCGCCGACAUGCUUCGGCCCACCACAUCCACCACAUCCAGCCAUGUGCCGGGACCAGUCCCGACCGUGGUCCCUACCCCAACAGAGUAUCAAACCCUUGGCGAAACAGGCCACCGCACUCUAUGGGUGACCUUCGCCCUCAUGGUGCUCUCGUCGGGCAUCUUUGCCCUCCUGUCGUGGAACGUGCCGACCUCAAAGCGUCUGUUCCACGUCAUCACAACGCUCAUCACCGUCGUUGCCUCGCUCUCGUACUUCGCCAUGGCCACGGGCCACGCCACCACCUUCAACUGUGACACCGCUUGGGACCACCAUAAGCACGUGCCCGACACCUCACACCAGGUGUGUCGCCAGGUGUUCUGGGGCCGCUACGUCGACUGGGCCUUGACCACGCCGCUGUUGCUGCUGGAGCUGUGCCUGCUGGCCGGCGUUGAUGGCGCUCACACGCUGAUGGCGAUUGUGGCGGACGUGAUUAUGGUGCUGUGCGGCCUGUUCGCGGCGCUGGGAGAGGGAGGAAAUACGGCGCAGAAGUGGGGAUGGUACACCAUUGGAUGUUUCUCGUACCUCUUCGUCAUCUGGCAUGUGGCGCUUCAUGGCAGCAGGACUGUUACAGCCAAGGGACGUGGUGUCUCGAGGCUAUUUACCGGUUUGGCUGUGUUUGCGCUGUUGCUGUGGACUGCGUAUCCCAUUAUUUGGGGAAUCGCCGGUGGUGCUCGCAGAACGAAUGUCGAUACCGAGAUCUUGAUUUACACCGUUCUCGACUUGCUCGCCAAGCCCGUCUUUGGUUUCUGGUUGUUGUUGAGCCAUCGGGCUAUGCCCGAGACCAAUAUUGACCUCCCUGGCUACUGGUCUCAUGGCCUUGCUACUGAGGGUAGAAUCCGCAUCGGCGAGGAGGACUAAGCGGCGAUCAUUGAAGAUGAAGGUUGAGUACGUGGUAGACGAUGGUGUAGGGUGUCGGAGACUCCUUGAGUCAAUGCAUGAUGGACUUAUCGUGGGUAUUGGAGCGUUUAGGUUGAGGAACAACUUGAGUCGGCUUUCUAGGCUGGAGACGGACGCUGUGGUCAUUUUUACGGCAAUGAACGAAUAGGGGAGGUUUUUGACAGUCAUUUUCACUACGGCUAAAAGUGUGUAUAAUCGUAACAGCUUGUCUCCGAAUAAAGCAACGGCAAAAAAAUAAAUGAAAGAAAUUGCAUUGGAC